CCCUUCCCGGCUGGGGCCAGGAGUAGCCUGGGCAGGAACGCCUCCGAGCCCGGAGAGCCCAGACCGACCCCCCAGGCCAUAGGCUGGUGCGUCCGCAUCCGGCGGCCCCAGACAACUUCCUCUAGAGGGAGCUGAUUGGAGCGGGAGAAGCCGGCACCUCUAUGGUCGCCGUAGCCUCGCGGGUCCCUAGGGCCGCGCGGGGACAGGCAGAGGACCCCAGGAAUUCACCGACUCCUGUUCCUGGAAACGAAGCCUGGGCACCCUACUCCUGAGAGCAGCCGCCGGCCCCGCAGGAUCUCCGGCCUCAGUCCCGUCUAGCCACCCCGGGCCUGGGCCAGGGUCCCGGCAGGCUAACACUGUCCUCCACUGGGACCCGAAAAAUGGCAUCUGGGCAAGGCCCAGGUCCUCCCGGGCAGGAGUGUGGAGAGACUGCCCCAUCCUCCGCGUCUGAGGAGCAGGUAGCCCGGGACACGGAGGAGGUUUUCCGCAGCUACGUUUUUUACCGCCAUCAGCAGGAGCAGGAGGCAGAGGGGGCAGCUGCACCCGCUGACCCAGAGAUGAUCACCUUGCCCCUAGAACCUAGCAGCACCAUGGGGCAGGUGGGUCGGCAGCUCGCCGUCAUUGGGGACGACAUCAACCGGCGCUAUGACUCGGAGUUCCAGGCCAUGCUGCAGCACCUGCAGCCCACGGCAGAGAACGCCUACGAGUACUUCACCAAGAUCGCCUCAAGUCUCUUUGAGAGCGGCAUCAACUGGGGCCGGGUGGUGGCUCUUCUGGGCUUCGGCUACCGCCUAGCCUUGCACGUCUACCAGCGUGGUCUGACCGGCUUCCUGGGGCAGGUGACCCGCUUCGUGGCCGACUUCAUGCUGCGUCGCUGCAUUGCCCGAUGGAUUGCGCAAAGGGGUGGCUGGGUGGCAGCCCUGGACUUGGGAAAUGGCCCCAUCCGGAACGUGCUAAUAGUUCUGGCUGUGGUUCUAUUGGGCCAGUUUGUGGUACGAAGAUUCUUCAAGUCAUGACUCAGGAGCCCUCUAGGACCCUAGCUGAGACUCCUGCCUGGACUUUAGCCAAGGCUUUUUCCCCCUGUCCCCUCCCUGGUAGGAGUCUCCCCUCAAGACCACAGCAGCUUUAGCAAGUGGGCACUCCAGCUUAGAGGACCCCUGCCUAGGGGUCACUCAGGCUACAGGGGUGCCCCAACAUUGCAUGGUGCUAGUGAGCCCCUCUCUGGGCCCCAUCCUGUCAGAGGGGGUUGUAGCCUCCUUCCUCAGCUCUCUGGGACCCCUGUCUGCUCUGGGACUCUCUGUGUGUUGGGCAUUGGGGAGAUUGAUAAGCUGGGGAAUCAAGAGGCUGGGAGACACUUACCCUGAGAUGUUUUUUAAUGGUUUUAUCUUUUUUAUAAUACCCUUGGGAGGACCCGCCCGGCCCUAUUCCCAGCACUGCUCAAGCCAGGGAGGUUAGGGUGUGGGGGUUGUAGGCCUACCCUGGGUUCCCCAGAAUUCAACUGUUCCAGAAAAUCAGCUGGAGAGCAGGGCCUGGAGCCCAGUCCUGGCCCUUCCUAAGCAUCAUACCCUCCAGGAACAGGACCAGCUGGGGUGAAGGAUGGCGUUCAGCUGUUCUCCCGCGCCCCCCAGCCCACACUGCCUUUUCAGGUGGACUCUCAGGGAUUCUGGACCUGGGGGUGGUGGGGGUGGGGUGGGGGUGCAGGCCAGAGCUGUCUGAACUCACCCUCCAAGCCUGCCUCCUGGGCUCCUCCAUUCCCUCCCUUUCCCCUACCUAUUACCACUUGCUCCCAGCCCAGUCACUACAAGUGAGUCUCACCCCACCCCAUCACUUCAGGUACAGAGGGCAGGGGUCUUGGGGGAGUGGGGUGCUGAGGCCCCCUUCUUGCCCAGACUGUAGGCUUUAGGACCACUUUGUUAUUGUCAGGGAAAGCGGGCAGGGAGCACAUCUUGAGGUUUCUGAGUGAGAGAAGGGCUGUUAAUAACACUAGAAACCACAGGAUUGGAAUCUCCCCCGUGGCCUGGGCACAGUGUAAUCUGGGGUGUGGAUGGGGGACUGUGAAUACUUGAACUCUGUUCCCCAGCCCCCCUCCCACUCUCCACACUCCUCACCUGUCUAAGCUCUUCCCGUGCAUAGAGGUGGGAGUUACCUUGUCUGGCUGGCACAGCCUAGGGGUUUGGGGAUAAGGGGAGAGACGUUCUUGAUUAAGCCAAAGUCAGGGAAGGGAUGCAGAAGGAACCUGUUGGCCACCCCCACCCUUUGAGUGUGUCUGAAAAUAAACUGCAAUCCCCCAACUCCCA